AUGGUGGAUAUGAAAAUUAGUUUCAUACUAAUCAAUUCAAAGGAUCAACAAAAUGCUACUAGCAAGCGUUUUGUUACAUUUAACUCUAAAAGAUUAGGACAUGGAGUACAGUUUAAAGUGCCUUGUUUUCAAGAUAUUCGAAGUUGCGGUAAAAUUUGCAACAAACCACUUCCAGGUUGUUCACAUCUUUGUCAGCGUAAAUGUCACACUGGUCCUUGUUACGAUCGGAAUUCAUCCAACGAAGAGUGUAAUACGGUAUGCAGUCAGCCUUGUCAGAAACCUCGUCCUGUUUGUGGACAUCCAUGUGGUUUACCUUGUCACGAAGUUCGAAAUCAAUCAUGUUUGGAGGCUUUCGCUGAUCGUGGUUCAGAAGCGACCCAGCCAAUUUGUACUACAUUAGUAGAUGUUGUUUGUCGCUGUGGAAAACUCAGAGAAAGUCAACAAUGUCAUCAGGUAUAUACAAAACAAUAUCUACUUUUGGAGCAUGAACGUAGUGUGAAUAGUGUAUCAUUGACAAGUGGUGGUGCUGGUGGUGGUAGUAGUCAAUCCGUUUUAACUGGCAUUGAUUUCCGCAAACCAAUACCUUUAUUAGCUUGUGAUAAUUCUUGUAUCAAUCCUACAGAAUCAAAUACAACAACAAGUCAAUAUUCUGGUGCAAGCACAUGGAAAAGAGGUUUUAUCAAUAGUUCUGAUGCUUUAAGGCAUAAUUCAAGUGAUGAUGAUGAUGAUGAUGAUCAAUGUACACCAUUUGAUCCGCCAAAUUAUCCUGAUCAUUUAAAACAAUUUGCGCUGAGAAAUUUUACUUUUGUUGAAAAAAUUGAGGAACAGUUAAAAAGCAUGAUUAUGCAAUUCUUAAGAGCCAAUAUUGAACCGUUCGAUCCAAAUAAUCCAAAAGAGUACCCACGAGUUUUAACUCAUCAUUUUCCUCCUAUGAAUAAGAGAAAACGUCGAUUCAUUCAUGAUAUUGUAGAAUAUUAUGGUAUGGAAGCGAGUACAUGUGAUCCAGGAUCUAAUUGUCAUGUAAUGAUUAUUGCAAGACGUGGCUACUCCAAACUACCUGCUGGAUCAAUAAGUAACCGUGGAAGUUUGACCAAUGUGGUUAAACGUGAAUUUCCUGAAAUUGGUAAGCUUCCUGAUAAAGAUGAAAAAUUACCAAAAGAUUCAAAACCUUAUUGUAAUGUUUCAACUAUUUCAACUUUAUCUUAUGCUCAAAUACUGCAUGGAAAAUCUGAUGAAUGA